AUGCAGAAAGCUCGUCGACGAAUCCUUGGCUUGUCCUCAGCUCGUGUUCUGACUCCCGCUUUGCUUCCUCUUCUUCUCCAUCCCAGCAAACUGCAUUUUUCUUCUUCUCUCUUCCUCUCCAAACAUCAUCAUCAAGCGCUGCAUUUUAAUCGCCCUUUCGUUCUUGGUCCUGGCCUCGGUUCACGAAACUUGAACUACUGCCCAGUGUCUUCUACCAAACGACAUAAACCUGCCGCUUCUCUUUCCUCCUCUUGA